UCUUCAUUCUAGGCACUUUACUCCACGUGACUUUGUUAUUUUCCAAGCGCGUUAGGUACCUACCUACCUGGAAUAUUUCCCGCCCUGCCGCGACUCACCUCGUCUCAACUCACCUCAACCACUUUGCCUUUUUCUCCCCCAUACCUCACACCACACGUCUCUCAUCGUCCACCCAGUUUCGUUGCCGAAAUCUCUCUGGUCCAUACAUCUCGAAAGUCCCUCAGAAGCAAAAGCAGCUAAACACCCAACACAUCAAUACCCCUCGUAGUCUUACGGAUUCAUCCACCGACAACCAUUCACAAUGAAGUCCGCUAUCUAUCUUGGCGUUGGCCUUCUCUCUGGUGCCAUGGCCCAGAACAACCUCGCCGGCUGCGGUACCGGCUGCAUCCAGAGCAUGCAGGGCCUUGCCUCCGACCUUGGCUGCACCGCUGGUGACACUGCCUGCCUUUGCCGCAACCCCAACUUCACCUAUGGCAUCCGCGACUGCUCUUUCCAGUCCUGCCAGCAGUCUGGUGAUGCUCAGCAGGCUGUUGCCGCUGGUGUUGAGCUCUGCCGCCAGGCUGGUGUUGCUGUUGAGGUCACCCCUGGUGUCACUGUCACCCAGCCUACUGGCACUGCGAUCGUCACGGCCACUCCCGUUGUCUCUUCGGUCUUCUCUGUCAUCACUUCUGGUGGCAGCACCUUCUCCACCUUGAUCGGAGAGACCACUGUCACUCCUGCUGCCUCUGGUGGUGGCGAGACCGCGACCCCUAGCCCGGUCACGACCACGACCUUCACCACUGUCAUCACCAGUGGCGAGUCUGUCAUCACCUCUGUCGGCGAGACCACCAUCUUCGGUGUUGGAGGCGUCCCCGGCGCCUCCUCCAUCCCUGCCUCGGCUGUCACCACCGCUCCGGUUGUUAGCACCAUCACCAGCGAUGGCACUGUCAUCACCUCCGUUGUUGGCUCGACCACUGUCUUUUCCUCCCUCACUGGCUCCGAAGCUUCUGGCGCUCUCUCCAGCCAGGCCAGCGAGGCCUCCCAAUCCGCCACUGCCACUGCUACUGAGACUGCCACCGAGACCGAGACUGCCAACCAGUCUGAGACUGGCUCGGCUACCAGUGCCUCUGAGAGCGGCAAUGCUGCCAAGCAGACUGCCGUCCCGGUUGCUGGCUUCCUGGCCGCUGCCGGCUUCGCCGCCAUGCUCAUCUAAGUCUUUCGCUC